AGAGAGAGAGAGAGAGAGAAGGGAAUAAGAGGUACAGUACUGAUGGAACAGCGGAUGGUUCUCGCCAGCUGUUUGUUGCACAACUGCAGGAACGCCAUCACACCUCAGCGGAACGGACACACAUUUAGCCGGCGGACAGGAAGAGAGCGCGCGCUCCCUGCACACGCAUCCUGCGCUUCACUGAGACCUUUAUAACCAUUUAAAAAAAAGAGGUGGGAGAAAAGAGGGAACGAGUGGGAAACGCUUCCUCCAGCGCUCUGGCUCGGAUUAUUUCUGGUGCGUGUGCCAGCUGUUGGGGAAUACUUUUAAAUGGCGCGCGGCAACAGCAGAUCAGAGAGUCAGCAGCCGAGCGCGUUGUACGAGCAGCCGUGAUUUGCGCACACUUUCUACACGUCCUCACAACGCACAAAAGUUUUCACACGGAGUUAAACACAUAGCGGUUUAUUAAUUCCAAAGUGUCGCGCACUGGAGGACAGACUGAGCGAUGUCUGGUGUUAGUAAGAGUCACGGCUCGCUCAGGAUCCUCGGUGAAUCCGCCGCGCGCAUUUACUGCGCAUUUAUCCUUCUCAUCCUCUUCCUCACACCCCGCGUGGACUCGUCCUGGUGGUACAUUGGUGCGCUGGGUGCACGGGUAAUAUGUGAUAAUGUACCAGGGCUGGUGAAUAAGCAGCGACAGUUGUGUCAGAAGUAUCCAGAUGUAAUGCAAUCGAUCAGCGAGGGAGGAAAGGAGUGGAUCCGUGAGUGCCAGCACCAGUUCAGACACCACCGCUGGAACUGCAGCACAAUCGAGCGUGACCAUACUGUCUUUGGCAGGGUCAUGCAACGCAGCAGUCGAGAGGCCGCCUUUGUGUACGCAAUUUCCUCGGCGGGUGUUGUGUAUGCCAUCACCCGCGCUUGCAGUCAGGGGGAACUAAGGACAUGUAACUGUGACCCGCACAAGCGUGGCAAAGCAAGGGACGAAAGAGGCGAAUUUGAUUGGGGCGGCUGCAGCGACAAUAUUAACUAUGGGAUAAAGUUUGCUAAAGCCUUCAUAGAUGCCAAAGAACGGACAGUGAAGGAUGCACGAGCACUUGUGAACCUUCAUAACAAUCGCUGUGGAAGAAUGUCAGUGAAACGUUUUAUGAAGCUUGAGUGUAAGUGUCAUGGUGUCAGUGGCUCCUGCACCUUAAGGACAUGCUGGUUGGCGAUGUCUGACUUCCGGAAGACCGGAGAUUACCUUCGCAAAAAAUACAAUGGAGCCAUUGAAGUCACCGUGAACCAAGAUGGAGCAGGAUUCACUGUGGCUCACAAGGACUUCCGAAAUGCCACCAAAAAUGAUCUGGUGUACUUUGAGAACUCACCUGACUAUUGCUUAAUGGACAAAGCUGCAGGUUCUUUGGGCACGGCUGGUCGCAUCUGCAACAAAUCAUCUCGAGGGACAGAUGGCUGUGAGGUGAUGUGCUGUGGGCGGGGCUACGAUACAACACGUGUGAAGCGCAUCACCAAGUGUGAAUGUAAGUUUAAAUGGUGCUGCGCUGUCGAAUGUAAAGACUGCGAAGAAGCUGUGGAUAUACACACAUGCAAAGCUCCGAAACGAGCUGAGUGGCUGGACCAGACCUGAGACCUGGCCACGGUCUGUCUUCCCUCAUCUUCCUCAAGAUCUCCUGUGAACAAUGGUAAUCUGGGAUAUGAUGUCCAUCUUUCAUGGCUCCUCUCCCUGAUCCUUAUUCCUUGUUGCAUGGCUUUAUUAUAACUCUCUGUGAAAGCACUACAACUAAAAAAAACUGCAUUUCCCAUGAGCGCCUUGCACACUAUGUCCAACCAGGCACAUUACGCUGUCUCUCUCUUGCUCUUUAUUUUAUGGUAUUGAUGGGCAGAGGACAGUAAGAGUAUAAGAAUGAGCUGUGUUGCAACUGUGAACUUUUUUGUUGGUGGUUUUUAUGAAUUGUUUUAUGUGAAUUUGAAAGAUAUGUUGUUCCUCAAGUAGUGUUUUUGUGCUGCAUUUAAAAUGCUUUAUAGACUUUAUAAAAGAACUUUAAGCCUCACUAUAAUAUCACUUACUUGCUAUUGAGAACACAACUAUGCCCUAUGUAUCAGUCAUACCCCUAUAACAUUGUCUUGCUUUGACUGAUAAUGAAUGUGAAUGGAGGAAGCAGAGUAAAGAGAAGAAAUGGCUUCAGCUUUGCACACUUUCCACUCACAAAGUGGCCAGAUUUUGGACAGAAGACCUCAAAGGAUUUUACAGAACUUUCUGAAAGAUGAAGACAGAGGGAGCGAUUGGGAGUUAAAAAAAAAGGUCUAAACUAAACAUAAGCCUGCACUAAGAACACUAUCUAACCAAAAAUGUAAAUAUUAAUGGAUAAAUUACAAUAAAAGGAAACGCAUAAUUGUAUGAGUAUUAUCACAAUCUAUGUGGUCCAAAGCAUCCAUUCAAACCCAUGUCAGUUAAAUGCUGAUGUUUUGGCUUCUGUAUACCUUCUGUAUAUUGCAUUGAUAUUUAAACAAAAGUUCACAUAAAAAUAUUAAAUAUUAAGCUGUUGUAAGCUGUGUUGUCGUAAACCCUAUAUGAAUGAUACAUUCAUAAUGAAUAAUAAUGUUAAAAUUUAAAGAAACUGCUAUUAUGGGACAAAAUAAGAACAAGUGAUUGUAGUGUGUGUGUGUG